GGCUGGGUGGCCAGGUGCCGCGGAGCUCCGCAGAGCCCGGAGAUGAAGUGGGCCUUCAGAGCCCCGCCCCGUGUGUUCUUUCUCUUCUUGCUGGCGCUGCUGAUCCUGCCAGGUGAUGGGAACCAGGGCAGUGUCACUGGAAGUUGUUUCUGUGAGAGAAUUAUUUCUGAUAGGCAGAUAACGCCUCGGAUCCUGGCUGAGAUCCGGAAACAGCUGAAAGCAGUCAAUCACUGUUUCUUCUUCGUCAGGUUUCAGUUGCAGUCCGUGAGUGUGUGUGGGGAAAGCAAAGCACAGUGGGCCCGUGACCUGGUGAGCUGCUUUGCACGGAAGGAGUGUGGAAAUGGUCACAGGAAGAGCUUCCACCACCAGGAGCGUUUGCCUCAGGCCAGCACCCGGGUCCCUGAGCCCACAGACGGGACAGCUCCAGACACAAGCACCCCUGCACAGGCUCUGAGUACCCAGCCACCCCCUCUUCCAUCUGGAACACCGUCCUGGAACGAAGAGCUCACCCACUACCCUGACACCACCACUCUCACUUCCAGCUACGGUCUGCAGGCCAGACCUGAGGCCAAGGCAAAUGCGAAACAGAAAGAGGACACAGGGCAAGAAAGCCCAGGAGCUGAGGCUGGCACGACAGUCUCGGUGGUUGUGCUGUCCCUCCUGGCCACUGUCCUCCUCCUCACUGUAGUCCUGGUCUGUGUGUUUUGCAACAGGAGGCAAGUGACACGGCAGAGAUCUGCAGAUUUCCAGCUCUUUUAUAAACCCGUGAACCAAGACCCCGGUGCCUAA